UUUGACGUCUCGCAUUUUUAGCCGAUUGAUAUAAUGAGGCUGAAGUUUGAAUAAAAUAUUUUGCUAAACAUAAUAUAUCUACAUAAAAAUUGUUUUUAAUAAAAAUUGUAUUUAAAAAAAAUUGAAUGCCGAAGGUGUCGAAAGUACUUCGUUAGGCCUCGCAUAUAAAUGUAGAGACAAAAUUUUUAAAUUCAUCGAUGACGUAGUGUGUUGUUUAUACUAAUACAAACGAAGAAAAUUUUUAACAAAUUGUUUUGCAGUCUAAAAAUAGGAAACAACGGGUUUUCAAAUUAACUACUCAUCAAAAAAUUUUCUAACAGCACUGGUAUACACUAAGUGAUAGUACUUACUGAAUUAAUUUCAGACAGUUGAAAUGCUUCUCAGAUGUAUAGCUGCCGCAAAUGUAAGGCAAUUGUUACAUUUGCGGCAGCGCGUUGUAGGUCGUAAAUUUUCUAAUAAAAUUUUGCACUCCUACUUUUUAUUAAGCAAUGCAACCAUUAUGGAAUGUCCUUUAAGAAGAAUGCCGAAUGAGUCUCAAAAUGUACAUAGAAAAUCUAUUAUUUGCAGAAGAGCUUUUGUAAGCAAAAAUCCAGAGAUACGUGCAGCACCAAAUUCCACUUCGUCUAGUUCAAAUUCAAGUGAAAACGAAGGCGUUACCAAAACUAAAACUGCUCAAAAAACUGGUACAGAACCAAAGAAAAUAAAUGUGCCUGCAUCGUCUGUCAGUGAUAAUAAUGAUAAAAAGCCAGAAAAUUCAGCGCAUAAGGAAACCAAAAAAGUUGAUGUUCAAACGAGUAAAGGGACGCUUUCCAUGACGACGACUAUUGAAGAUUCUAAAAUAAAUGAUGUAGUAUUUGAAAAAACGAAAUCAAUUCCACAACAGCCAACAUUAACUGCAGCAUCUGCGCCGGCUGCAAAAAACGAAAUAGUAAUUGAUGAAGACUCAUUUCAAACUGAUUGCAAUCAAAAAUUAAGCGUCAACGAGAAAGAAACUACGACAACUAAAGCGUCAUCAUCAGAACAUUCGUCGGAAGAAUCUAUAACAAACACAGAGAAUAAACCAAAACCUCAACGUGUUAAAGUCGAUUGCAAUCGUUCUUCAUUGGAACGCAACUUUAUUACACCAUCACGUGCUAUGACUGAUUUUUUGCUUAAAGCUUCUGAUUUAGAGUCCUUACAAAAGGUUAAACGGCGUUCGCCAUAUGAACAGGAGCCUCCCAUAACUGUGUAUUGGCGAAGGGAUGUUGAAGCAAAGGCAUUAGAAGUUUGGGGUUCACGUGAAAAUCUUUUACGAGCAUCGUUGUUACGAGAAAUCGAAAGAAAACAGCAUCAACAAAAUUUAUUUACAAUUAAGCGACGUUUGAGGGAUUAUAGACGAGAAGUUGGUGCCCGCACAGUCGUUAUGAAUGAGGAGCCUGGUUUGUCAGGAAAGUCAGGAAGGGUAGUGCUAAUUGCUGUUGGAAUAAAUGGUAUUAAUUUUCUUUUUAAAACAUGUGCAUGGGUUUAUACGGGUUCACAUAGUAUGUUUGCAGAGGCGAUACACUCAUUAGCUGAUACAAUUAACCAACUAAUCUUGGCCUAUGGUAUACACAAAUCUACACAGAUAGCUGAUCCUGAUCACCCUUAUGGUUAUGCAAAUAUGAAAUAUGUGUCAUCUCUUAUAUCAGGAGUUGGAAUAUUUUGUGUUGGUACAGGUUUAUCAUUUUAUCAUGGUAUAACUGGUCUUCUGGAUCCAGUGCCUAUUGAUAAUUUGUUUUGGGCAUUUUGUAUACUUGGUGGUUCAUUAGUAUCUGAAGGCGCUACAUUGUUAGUGGCUGUCAAUGAAAUACGGCGUUCCGCAAAAUUACGUGGUGAAUCUUUUAGGGAAUAUGUGCUCUCUGGUCGGGAUCCAUGUGUUAAUGUUGUAUUAACAGAAGACACAGCCGCGGUUGCUAGUGUAAUUUUAGCUGCUAGUUGUAUGGGCUUAACAUCAAUUACUGGUUCAGGAGUUUAUGAUGCAAUUGGCUCGUUAAUAGUUGGUUGUAUGCUUGGUGCCGUAGCUUCAUUUAUUAUUUACACCAAUGUUAAUGCACUUGUGGGCAAAUCUAUAUCCGAGGAGCAAUUAAAUAGAAUAAAUACAGAACUUGAAACUGAUGUUAUGAUACGUGCUAUACAUGACGUUAAAGGCAUUGACAUGGGUAACAGUUUAGUGCGUUACAAGGCUGAAUUGGAUUUCGAUGGGCGUGAAUUAACGCGUUCUUAUUUGGAUAAACAGGAUUUAAAUGAACUUUAUAAAAUUGUAAAAGAGUUUAAAUCUCCUGAGGAACUAGAGCAGUUUUUAUUGACACAUGGCGAAAGCAUAGUUGAUUUAAUGGGCGGAGAAAUAGAUCGAAUUGAAAUGAAAUUGCGGAAAAAGUUUCCCGAAAUCCGUCACUGUGAUUUAGAGAUACUGUAAUAUAUUUUUUGUGAGAUACACACAGUUAUUUAUUUUUUAAACUGAAUUUGCAAAUGCUUAAAUUUUAAU